AUGGACAAGAUCAAGGAACGUCUUCAAUCCCUCCGCACUGAGGCAGACAACGCAGUCGCGCGCGCAGAGGAGGCCGAGGCCAAGAACAAGAAGUACGAGCAGACGCUGCUCGAGAAGGACCAAGAGAUCACCUCGCUCCAGCACAAGAUCUCCGUGCUCGACAGCGACCUCGAGAAGGCCGAGCAGAAGCUCGCCGAUCUCAAGAGCGCGCAGGAGGACGGGGAGCAGAGCCGGACCGCGAACGAGGGCCUCCAGCGGAAGAUCCAGCUGCUCGAGGAGGAGCUCGACGCGGCGGACAAGAACCUGAAGGACGCCAUGGACAAGCUGAGACAGGUCGAUGUCAAGGCGGAGCACUUCGAGCGGCAGGUUACGCGUCUCGAGCAAGAGCGCGACCAGUGGGAGAAGAAGUACGAGGAGGCGCAAGAGAAGUACCGCGCGUCCAAGGCAGAGCUCGACGAGCUCGUCAGCAGCAUGGAGGGUCUCUGA